AUGAAAAGCAAGAAGCCAGGGGUAAAAAAAAAGAAACAGCAGAAGGAAAGAGGUGGAUCAUACCAUCAAAAAAGCACCAAGGGAGAAACCUGUUUCAAUUGUGGAGCAAAGCCUGUACAUCCAAGAAGUCAAUGGCCUGCAACGCAAAGUGUUUUUAAAAAGUGUGGAAAAGAGGGACAUUAUGGCUCUAGAUCUGUUUGCAAGUCCAAAGAGGAGGGGAUGUUAACGAGUUACAAACCCAGCCUACCGAUGCGCCCUCAAACGAAGACAGCACAGCGGAAGACUAUACGCAAGUGUAUUUUACUGCAGCCGAGCAUUAUUUGAAGACGGUAAUGGCAAAGAAUCUUAAUCACUCUCACUCACUGCCACACAUUCGCCCUCUUUGA